AUGGCGACCACACGCAUGGUGACCGGUGCCAUCAACUUCAUCACGCCCCAACCGCAAGGAUGCCUGGAGAAGCCAUACCAACUCAAGUACGAGGCUCCAGACGGCUUUCCGCCCACCAACAUAGUGUCAGAUGAGCACAUGCAGCGCCUGGCUGAUGUCCGUGGACGGGAGGCGCAGUUCAGCGUUCCUCGGAACGGGUUCACGAUCAUCAAGCUCGAGGACCAGCUGUCCUACGAAGAAUACGACAACGAAGACCUCGUGCGCAAGGUGUACUUCAAGCAGGUCGCUGAAGCAGUUCAAGAGCUGCUCGGUGCAUCACGCGUGCAAAUCUUCGAACAUGUGGCAAGUACUUUGGGGCCAGGUUCAAGGACGGUCAUUGACUCGGACAGCUGCGAAAACGAGACGCAAGUUUCCCAGUCGCAACGGGGAAGCCGUAUAGAUGUCACUCCAUCUUGGGCAGCAGGAUUGGCAGAACACAUGAACGAGCUGAAAGGCAUUGAACUUCCUUCGGGUGACCUACAGUUUGUCAACAUCUGGAAACCACUUCGAGGGCCGAUCAAAGACUGGCCAUUAGCUGUUUGCGAUGCUUCGACAGUAUCUAAGGACGAUCUGCGGGAAAGCGACAUUGUGUUCUCAGACCGCGUGGUAGAGAACCUUCUCGUCCAGCAUAACCCGAAGCAAGAGUGGUAUUUCAUCAGCGACCAGACACCUAGCGAAGCAUGGGUCUUCCUGCAGGCAGACUCGAAUGCUUCCGGACAUCUUGGAGUGCCUCACAGUUCCUUUCAACGUCCGGACUCCGCCAACGAAGGUAUACCUCGAGAGAGCAUCGAGGUGCGAGCAAUCGCUUAUUACAACAAUGGUGCGAUCGAUGCCGGAAAUUGA